AUGCCUGAACAGGACAGACUUCUCCUCAAAUUGUGUUUCUUGCUAUGUAUCUUUGCUGGGUUCCUGCUACAUUCUCUUGGCGCUUCAGAGAUUCCCUUGGAUUCAAAACUUUCUAUAGUUGAUAAAGACAUGUGGGUCUCUCCAAAUGGUGAUUUUGCAUUUGGAUUUUUUAACAGUCCAGAUGAGCCAAACUAUAGUGUUGGGAUCCGUUCCAAUUCGAAGUCUAUUCCGCUUGAUAAACAAAUUGUGGUGUGGAUUGCUGGAGCUGAUCUUAUUCUUGGUAACAAUUCUUAUGUCCAACUGACCCAGGAUGGUGAACUAAUUUUAUUUGAUUCCUUAAAGGGAGUGAUAUGGAGCAGUAAGACAAGGCAGUUAUCUGUUGUUUCAGCUGCUCUGAAUGACAAUGGAAAUCUUGUCCUAUUGAAUAAAGAGAAACAUAUUGUUUGGCAAAGUUUUGAUACACCUUCUGACACACUUCUUCCUGGACAGAACUUCUCUAUGUUUCAAACACUCCGAGCUGCAAGCAAGAAUUCUGUGUCCAGUUACUACACUCUUUUCAUGAAUGCUUCUGGUCAGUUGCAACUGCGAUGGGAAAGUCAUGUUAUCUAUUGGACAAGUGGAAGCCCUUCUAGUUCGAACCUCAGUGCUUUCCUCACCUCUGAUGGAGCCCUACAACUCCGCGACCAGAACUUGAAACCUGUUUGGUCACUGUUUGGAGAAGAUCACAAUGACUCUGUAAGUUACAGGUUUCUUAGGCUAGAUGUUGAUGGUAAUCUCCGGUUAUACUCAUGGGUAGAGCCUUCAAAGUCAUGGAGAUCAGUCUGGCAGGCUGUUGAGAACCAGUGCAAUGUCUUUGCAACCUGUGGCCAACGUGGCAUCUGUGUCUUUACUGAAUCUGGGUCCCCUGAUUGCGAAUGCCCGUUUAAGCAUACAAAUGAAUCCAUUUCCAGAUGUUUGAUUCCAAAUCAUCCGUGUGAUUCUGGUUCUGACAUGCUUAAAUAUAUGCAUACUUUCCUGUAUGGAAUGUAUCCACCAACUGAUGAUUUAGUUGCCAAAGUUAGUUUACAGGAAUGUAAGAGUUUGUGCCUGAAUGACCCAUCUUGUAUAGCUGCAACCUUCUCAAAUGAUGGAACUGCACGGUGCUUAAUGAAGAGAACGCAGUAUGUUACUGGCUAUUCAGACCCUUCACUAAGUUCAGUAUCUUUUGUGAAGACGUGUGCAUAUCCAUUAGCUGUAAAUCCCAAUCAUGUGACGACCUCCCCUUCUCCACUCGAGCAGUCUCAUAAGUUUUGUUUCCCUUGUGUAAUCGGAGUAGCCUCAGGAAUGUUCGUUGUCUUUGUUUUAGUUCAAUUGGCACUUGGUUUCUGGUUCUUCAGAAGAAGAAAUUUGGAUAGAAAGAAAGCCGCUUUGGCUUAUACCAGCCCCAACUCAAAUGGUUUGAUUGUGUUAUCCUUCUCUGAAAUUGAGGAGCUUACAGAGAACUUUAAGCAUCAGAUUGGGCCAAAGAUGUUCAAAGGUGUUCUUCCAAAUAAAAAGCCAGUUGCAAUCAAAGAUCUGAAUAUAACCAUAGAAGAAAGAAAAUACCGGAGUGCAGUUUCAAAGAUAGGAAGCAUUCAUCACAAAAAUCUUGUGAAACUGCAGGGCUACUGUUGUGAGUUAGAUCACAGAUUUCUAGUCUAUGAAUAUGCCAAGAAUGGUUCAGUGGAGAAAUAUUUAGAAGAUCUUAAAUUGUGUAAGAAGCUGACUUGGGGAAAGAGAUUUGAUAUAUGUUUAAGUGUGGCAAGGGCCAUUUGUUAUCUACACACAAGCUGUAGGGAAUUUAUGAGCCAUGGAAACUUGAAAUGCGAGAAUGUGGUAUUGGAGGAAAACUUAGAGGCCAAGGUGACUGAAUUUGGACUCGGAAAAGUAGUCAGCGAGGCAUCGUCCUCUUCUGCAGAGAGAGAUGUAGAGGACUUUGGCAAGAUGGUGUUAGUAUUGGUUAGUGGGUGCAGAGGAGUUGGGGACCUUUGUGAGUGGGCGUACACAGAGUGGAUGGAAGGGCGUCCAGAGAAUGUAGUGGAUAAAAGAAUAAGUGGUGGGUUUAAUCUGCAAGAGCUGGAACGUUCUUUAAGAAUUGCAUUUUGGUGUCUCCAAAUUGAUGAACGCCGGAGACCUUCAAUGAGAGAGGUGGUUAAGGUGUUGGAGGGCACAUUGAGUGUUGAUCCACCUCCGCCCCCAUUUGGUUGUAAUGGGCCACCUGAGGAAGAAGAGGAGCCAUAG